AUGCACCGAUACAGCGCCGUCGUCGACUCUUCUGGAAAAUGGGUACCUGCCGAAGAAAUUCUUACCAGUCACAGAAAUCAAGUUCUUUCUCGUCCAACUUCAUCGUUCCUGAGUGAUUGGGGAGUCGACGCAUCGACUACGGGAAAGCAGGCUGAGAAUGCCCCAGCUAGUAGGAGGAGAGACCAACCUCCGCUGUCGUACCAUCCAUCAGCUUCAUCGGCAUCUGCACUCUCUUACCUCACCUCCCAGCCAGCAGCAUCACCAUUAUCGCCAAUCCGCUUAGAUAACCGCAUUCCACUUGUUCCUGUUCGUCGGAGUGUUCAACCAGAGCAAAUGUUGGGACAACCAGAAAGUGGAGAUUCUAUGCUGCCAAAGCGAGCGCUGGGUCGUAAGCGAUCUUCCUCAGCACCUGCAAUGGAUCGUAUCGCAUUUCCGCAGCCUCAACCUGCUAAUCCAUACGCUCAGUCGUCCCAGGAUGCAUACAGAGCAAUUUCUGCACCUGCACCUCGCAUUGAAACGGCAUUCGCAAGCUCAGUACCACAAAUUGCGCUGACACAACCAUUUUCAACACAGAUCGCACAUGAAGGAAUGACCCAGCACACAGCGGAUAAUGUGUACCCCCCAACGCAUCAGCAGGGGUACCAAAUAAUCUCUCCUCGUGGGAUACGCCCAGAAGCUUUUGUUGCCAUCGACCCUUUUCACCCGCAAUUAUACAACAAAUAUGAAAAAGAUCUAUCAACUUUUGAUGACAUCCCCAGUCCCGAGCAACAACGACAACAAUCCUCAAUCAGGCCUUACUCGAAGCCUGUGGGAGUACCUGAACCACUAGGCCCUUUGGUCACAAACGUGAUGGCUUCGAUAACCACAAAACAGGAUGCAGUACAACCCCGUGAACAUGCCCGACACUCUUCCUCUGAUAGCCAUGCUUUCGUUACGAUUGAUGAUAAUAAAAAUGCGAAAGAAAAACUACUGCCAGAAGGACAGAUUCCAGAACAACAAAAGCGUCUUGCUCCCAAUCGUCGCAGUUCUGACAUGGGCCAUAAACCACACGAAGGAUCUCUAGAAAACUAUGCACCAUACCCUUGGAAGCCUCCAUUGCCUUCAACUCAUUCACUACCACAAUCCUUUUCUUAUGGUCUAAACGCCAACGCGGACACGGAAAAACCCAACAAAUCUUUAUGGGCAAAGUUGUCAGGGUAUCUGACAUUGCCUUUCAGUUCUCGGUCCAAGGAAUCAGGAGGACGAUAUUCCUUCUCGGCACCCUACAUACACCCGCCUUCCACUCCUUCUAUAUCCUCCAACCCUUCUAGGAAGCCUGGACAUAUUCGGAGUAUCAGCAAUUUCGUAUUGAAAGUUCUACCGGCCCAAAUCUAUCUACUUUUCCUCCUCCGCGUUCCUUCGUUUUACUUUUCGAGGGUUGCAAGGAUUUUUGAGGAGGCUGAUAUGUCUCUUCCGGAAAUCAAGAAGAUGGUACUUGAAAUGAUGGCGCUGGAUAGAGGGUAUGGAUUUGAUGACGGUAGACUUCAAGCAAUGGGUGCACAGGAACCUGAGAAAGCUGUACCAUCGAAAUACAGGAGGUUGAAAUUAGCGUGGGAGGGAUUUGUGGAAGAUGUUGUAUCCGAAUGGAAGAUGUUCAACGUUAUUGCUGUUGUGCUGCUAUUUGUAAUAUUGACUACGAUACAAAUCGAGAGUACUAGCGCCACAGCCGACCCUGUGGUUCGAUACACGGCUCUUUGUUCGUUGAUCUGUGCAUUGAUGAGUCUGGCAUUUGGAUGUGUAUUCGUCCUUCAUUUUGGGGCAAUGCGCAAGAUCUGGAAAGCUGCUGAAUGGGCCUUGGAAGCAAAGAAGACCAAGGUGUUUAUCUGGUGGAAUGCAUGGGUCAUGUUGGCAAUGCCCGUUGUCUGGCUGUCCUGGUCCGUCAUCUUAUACAUCACAUCCGUUAUGACUUUUGUCUGGCGAACCAGUUCGCAAGCACCCGGUAGCUUGAGCACCCAUGGCAUAUCGCAUGCUGCCCUCCUUGGCGUACGGGUAGCCAUAAGCGUACUUUUGGGGUUGGGCGUCGUUUAUAUGCUUUCAGCGAUGUACACAUUCCGGAGAUAUGGCGAUAAGAUGGAUAAAAACUGGAGAAAGAGGGUAGGGGUGUGGGUCAGGGAAAUGGAUCAAGAAAAGAGUCGGGCGUUGAACGAGUACAAAACUUGGCGUCCCAGUCUAUCAGCAGCACCGGUAUCGCCGGGUCUGCAGUCCACGACGUAUGGUCUCGAUGAACGUCGCAAUCACGACCCUGAAGGAUUUCUAAAUUCAAUGCCGAAACCUGACGUCAAAGUGGCAAACACAAUCCCUGCUCAGCAGAAUUAUAACCAGCCCGUGCAAUCUCCUUCGAAACAUCAGCCCACGGAUAAUUUGGAGAAGUCCUACCAUGCCAAUCAACACGAUAAAGGAAAAGUAAAUGGUUUCCUGGAAUUCGGCCCCCAGACUGCCACUUCGUCACAAACUUCGCCAUCUACACAAGUCCAUCGCGUCGAUGUCGCUUCAAAGCCGAACUUCUCUAAAGACCUCAACAAAUCAGACCCUCCGCCAGUUUCCGCCCCUAAUGGGGAUCUGGAAGACGCAGACCCUGCUCAUGCCAGCGCAAGUGCACGGAGAAGAACCAAAACUGCAUCGCUCGCCAUUCCACCUCCUUCUACGUUGCCACCUAUACCCGGAACUCCUAUGUCCGGAAUAAGCGGCCCGCGAUCGCGGUCUGUCAGGACAAACACGACUCUAGCCACCACUGCAUCGUCUUUCGCCGCAGCCGAGCGCAGCUUCAGACACUUUUCUGAUUUCAAUCUAAACGCUGCAAAGAAUGCACUUGCAGAUACCGAUGGCGACACGCGAAUGGGUCAGCAUCGUGAGCUCUCGCCCAUGGCGUCUAUGUCGGCAAUCGGGAGCGAGUAUUUGGGAAGUGAGUUGAGCAACGACGAGUCGGAGGUGAUAUCGGAUGGAUCAAAGAGCAUGAGUGUUCCGUGGACGCCUUUUCCGAGCCCUGUGACUGCCUCCCCAAAAUGA